AUGGACGGCCGCCUAGAGACUGAAUUGUAUCCUAUGGGAUCAAGUUACGUAGAAUUAGACGUCGUUCACGAUAUUGCAGUUGGUACAAAGAGAGGAUCUGACGAGCUGUUCUCCUGUGUUUCCAGUGGGCCCUAUAUCAUGAGCUCAGCAGACAACGGCAACGACAGCAAGAAGUUCAAAGGUGACAUCAGAAGUCCUGGCGUCCCAUCCAGAGUUAUACAUGUCCGCAAGCUGCCCAAUGACAUCAACGAAGCGGAGGUCAUCUACCUCGGCCUUCCCUUUGGCAAAGUCACCAAUCUGCUCAUGCUGAAGGGAAAGAACCAGGCUUUCUUGGAAAUGAAUACUGAAGAAGCAGCCCAGACGAUGGUUACUUACUACUCCUCCGUAACGCCCGUCAUCAGAAAUCAUCCCAUCUUCAUGCAGUACUCAAACCACAAAGAGCUAAAAACAGACAGCUCACCGAACCAAGUGAGGGCACAGGCAGCACUGCAGGCGGUGAAUGCUGUCCAGACAGGUAGCAUGACUCUAGGUGCCGUUGACCCAUCUGGUUUGACUGGCCCCAGCCCUGUCCUGAGGGUCAUCGUUGAAAACCUCUUCUACCCUGUGACCCUAGAUGUCCUGCACCAGAUCUUCUCGAAGUUUGGCACUGUGCUGAAAGUGAUCACUUUCACAAAAAACAACCAGUUUCAAGCUCUCCUCCAGUUUGUUGAUGGCCUGACGGCACAACAUGCCAAGCUGGCUCUAGAAGGACAGAACAUCUACAAUGGCUGCUGUACCUUGCGUAUCAGCUUUUCCAAACUUACCAGUUUAAACGUCAAAUAUAAUAAUGACAAGAGCCGUGACUACACUCGCCCGGACCUGCCAACUGGGAACAGCCAACCCACUAUUGAACAUCACGCUGUUGCUGCUGCUUUUGCUGCUCCCGGGAUCAUCUCUGCCGCACCAUAUGCAGGAGCGCACGCCUUCCCUCCGGCUUUUGCUAUCCAGCAGGCUGCAGGGUUGACAAUACCUGGGGUUCCCGGAGCCCUCGCCUCGCUGACCAUUCCCGGGGCAGCGGCGGCUGCGAGCAGACUGGGCUUCCCCGUCCUCCCCGGCACCCACUGCGUCAUGCUGGUCAGCAACCUGAACCCUGAGGUUAGCAGUUCUCAGUCACUGAUAGACCUAGAAAGUGUAUAUGGGGAUGUAUUGAGAGUGAAAAUUAUGUUCAAUAAGAAGGAGAACGCUCUCAUUCAGAUGUCUGAUGGGACACAAGCUCAGCUUGCAAUGAGCCAUCUAAAUGGGCAGAAGUUGUACGGCAGGCCCCUGCGCAUCACGCUGUCCAAACACAUGACUGUCCAGAUGCCACGGGAGGGACAUAAGGACCAGGGUCUCACCAAAGACUACAGCAACUCUCCUCUCCAUCGCUUCAAGAAGCCAGGCUCCAAAAACUACUCCAACAUCUUUCCUCCCUCGUCUACCCUGCACCUGUCUAACAUCCCACCCUCGGUUGUUGAAGAUGACCUCAAGAUGCUCUUUGCUAGCAAUGGUGCUCUUGUCAAGAACUUCAAGUUCUUUCAGAAGGAUCGCAAGAUGGCUCUGAUUCAGAUGGGUUCAGUGGAGGAAGCGAUCGAGUCCCUCAUCCAGUUCCACAACCAUGAUCUCGGAGAAAACCACCAUCUUAGGGUUUCUUUCUCCAAGUCCAUCAUUUGAGACAAAUACAGUUUAGAAAGGGCUGGAGUGGCCAGUCAUUUUAAACCUUAAUGAGUCUUAAUCACAAAGCUCACUUCCAUCAUUCCAUUAUUUUAUUUAAGAGGCAUUUUUAGUGGAUAUUUACUUUUUUUUUUUCUUAAGGUUUUAGACCAGCUGUAUUAUUAGUCGGGCCCGAAAACUUCAUUAACUGUAUGCAUCACUCCAUCUGUCACUUUCAGCCUAUUUCAGGCUUCAGAAAAUUAUUUCUGUAGAAGCAGAGAUGAAACACUACAGGCCUUUGAUUCCAUUCGUACCAUUUGUGCCUUACUGCUUCAGAUCUCCAGAACCUCAGUCAAACAUCUGCAACUAAUGUUUGCAAAUCUGUAGUUUACAGGGCCAAACAUUCAUACUCUUAUGAGACAUGGGUUAUUUCAUCAGGCUGAUGGUACAGGCCUAAAACUCUGCGCCUCUACGUUACGUAUCUCCCAGUAGGAUUGUACUCAUCAUAUCCUCUAGCUUUAGCAUUUAUACUGUAUCUUUAGACAUAGAAUGUUUACAGGCAUUUCCUCCUUCAAAUGUAUGCAAUCGUUUGUGUAUAAAUCCAAUAGUGUUGUCUAGAUUUGCAUUGUUUUUAUACUGUGGGCCAUUGCAUGUUGGCACGUUUACUGUUUGUCCUGUAUUUUGCGUACAUGUUUAGCAUCGGGCUUCAUGCUGUUGUGUGAUAUUUGAUUAUUUAAGCUAUUCUACUUAAAUGCCCCAUGUAUUUUAUGUAUUCAUGUACCUGUGUGUACACUACAGCUUGAUACCAAAGCCUUUCCUCCGUGUACUUUCGUAAGGGACAUCCUGACACCUUUUAGCCUCACAACAAACAAGUCCUCUCGGAGGGGCUCACGUCCACUUCUCUGUGGAGAAUGGUGUGAUGGAAACAGUUCAGGUGAAUUGAGAUGGCCACCAGAUAUGACUGAUAUCAGCACACCUGCUGAAUUGUGAACAUCACAUAAUGCCAGUUUUAACAGAUGGCCUUUAGUGACCUCUGUAAAAAGAGUUGGGCCUUUAUUCUCCCCACCCCCAAAAAAAAUGAAAUCUGUCAAGUGCCUUUUUAAAAUAAUGUCUUUGUUGUCUGAGAGCAGUCCAUCCUUGUGACAUUCAGCUGCAUUAGCUUUCAGAAGAGUUUUAUAAAGGCCUGAGGAUGGCCUACAUUUGACAUGAUAUACAGAAAAUCUAAUCUUUUUAUAUCAUAUUCUCAGCAAUGUUUCAUGGUGGGUUGUGUUAUUUUACUAUUUUUAAUUUUACAUUAGGUUCUGUGUAUGAUGUUUUUUUUCCCUUUGUUACAUGUUUUACUAUUUGUAUGGGACCAAUCUAAACAAAAUAAAAAAUAGAGGUGGUGCUUUAAAGAAAUCCAAAUGCUUCUUGGAUGUAGAAAAAAGUUUUUAUUAUAUUGUUGAUUCUUUACAGUGGCUGGAUAAAACCUGAUUAUGCAUCCUUGCACAACAUUAAAAACCCUCAAUAUACAACAUCUGCCUUAGAUUAUAAAGUGCUUUUUCUUAUAGCGGACAGAUGUAAAUACUAUUUUUGUAUCACAAUGUUAAAAAUUAUGGGUUUUUAUAUCCGUUAAAAAACAUGUAUAUUUUGAUUACAGCUGUGUACCAUCAUCAUGCAAAAAAAUAUAGUUAAAUAUAAAAUGGUUAAAAUCAGGAU